AUGUGUACAGAUCUUCUCAAUCAACCCUCGAAUAUCGGCUCCGAUUGCAUGUGGAUCCAUUUCUAUGGAAUCUGGCUGGUUGAUCACUUGAGACCUCCAAUGCAGAUUCCAAAGGUUGUUUUGUCACUUCUCGACAAACUUCAAACCAGGGAAAUUGAAAUCCCUAGGUGUGUUAAGAAACGAGCUCCGCACAAAAGCGACAUACACCGAAUUUGGGAGGCCACGUCCUACAAAGACACCUGCGAGUACGUUAGUGCUCUCUUCUUCGACGAUGAUGAUCAUAGUGUGCGUUUUCUGAGAAACGAGGCUAUGUGUGCGCACUUUAUGCGUGACUUGCCGGUAGCUCACAACUAUUUACCGCCUCCGACACCCAACAUCAUCUAUGGAUAUUCGAAGGAGUCUCUUUGCCAACCUAACGCACCAAAACUUCCCAUUUGGUUAGUCGAGGAAACAAAAGCCGAGACUGAUCUCUACUAUCCCUUCCUCGUGAUCAAGAUGCAGGGGGAUGAGACUAACACCAACCGCAAGUCCCACGAGGCAAUAAACGACUGCAUGGUAGCAUCUUCGAUCUGCGUUGGAAUGAUAGACAAGCUCAAUGAACGUCUGUUCGAGCUCUACAACUACAACGUACCCGAAAGAUUGAACGACGCGGUGUUCGGUAUCGUUGCCAAUGGGGGAGUUGCUCGUGUCUACGUAACGUAUGCAUGGUAUAAAGGUACAGAACACACCUUGAAAGUGGCUAGCUUCUUGCUGGAAGAUCCAGAGCGCCACCUAAAGUUUUAUAAACUUGUGCGAAGUAUUAUCGCGUGGGGGAAUGGAGAAAGACUUGAAGGGAUUCUCAGUGCUUUGAGGGUUAUUCGACUGGGAGGUCCUCGAUGGCAUCGAUACCCAGCAUACGGCGAAGAUACAUCUUGA